AUGUCUGGACUGAGAAAAAGUGGGCAACAUGGCCGGACUGCCCGCGGAGCGCAGGAUACGCCUGAGGAUGUCGAGCUCUUCAAACUUCUUUUCACCUCUACCCUGACCGCCACCGUCUGUAUUCCCCACGCAGCCGACGAAAUGCACCAAAGACAAGUAAUCGCGCUAGCUGAGGGAGCCCAGCGUCGCGUCACUACUCCUAACGACCUGGACAUUUCGUUGGGAAUAUUUGCCUCAGCAUCAUGUGUCGAGGGGCAUGAGCUCAAGGGCGCGUAUUCGGUCGUCUUUAGGCAAAUGUCACCUGGUACAUCCGACCAUGGUGAGCUUUUCAAGAUGGGUUGGAAUCAGCCUUCUGCCUCAGACUCACAAGCUGCGAACGGUCUGGCAAUUGCUCAGGCAAUUAGCAUUUCGGGCGCGAGAUUGCGUACAAUUGCAGCCGGUCCGCAGGGAGCAGUCCCGAGAAAGGCUAGGGUACAAGUUUUUACAGCCAGCAACCCAGCCCUUCGCCAUAUAAUCAACCAGGCUGAGAUUCAGGGCCCUCGCCAAGCCCUCCAAACCAGAGUCUCGUCGCUUGUCCACCAAGAAGUACAAAAGCUCUCCGAUAUUCCAGGAAUGAGGGUCGAGCUGGUUCUUUACUGGCUCCCAGCCAAAUGUGGCGUGACGAGCCUAAAUGAAGCUCACAAGAUUGCCAUGAAAUGCCGCAAAGACGGCAGAAACAUGUUUUUCGUCGAUGGGGAGAUGGAAGAGAGGUCCAGUGCGCAUAUGCCGAAAUCAGUCUCAUCAAUCAUUGCAGACGUCCUGAUCCGAGAGCGUCUCCGGAUCAACAAAGAACGGAAGACCGACGGAAAAGCAACAGCAGCAACCGCGGCCUCCAUGAAGGCAGCUCAUAAAACCACUGAGCCCGCCAUGGACCAAGAUGUCCACGCCUUGUCUCUUCCGACGACGCCGUAUUUUCCAAUCCACCCGCCCUACGAAGAGCUCCGCGACUCCUCUCCGCCGGCAACUGAAACCGGCCAGGCAGCGAUGCCGUCGGGUGAAGAGACGCAAGAAGAUAUCCAAGCCCCGCUGGACGAGCAAGCGCUCGUCGACAGGCAGAUCGUCAUUGAAUGCUACGAGAACCACAUCCGCUCCUGUCGGGAGAAAGCAAUCCCGGGACGUAGCACCCGUGGCACUGAGCCGAUAUAUAGCGGGAUUGCCGAUACUUAUUGCGAUUACCUGGGCGCGUUGGUUCCAGACCAUCCGCUGGUUCAGGUACCGGACCGUCCGACGCAUCCGUUGAUGGCUGCCCUCUUCUCGCCGUGA